AUGGAUUUGAAUGCCUCACCAUUUUCCUCGAAUUCUUGCAGUAACGAAUAUGGAACCAAUGUGACGGAAAAUCUCAAUAAUUUUUCUCUGCAAGCCACAAAUGGGCUGUCGGAGGACUUCAGAUUAUUGAAAAUUGUCUGUGACUGCAUUAUUUUGUUGGGCAGUUCUUUCGGGAACAGUCUCGUCAUUUACAUCAUUGCAAGCAACGUUCGUAUGCGAACACCGUCGAACAUUUUAAUUCUGAACCUCGCUGUGUGUGAUUUCAUGACACCUGUGGUCAGCCUUCCCUUUGACUUUGUUCUUCAAGAGUAUAACUACGUCUGGACGUUUGGCACAGCAACAUGCAAAAUUCUUUGGCCCUUAACGUCCAUGACUUCCACUUCAGCUGCUUUGACAUUGGCGGCGAUCUCCUUGGAUCGUUAUCGUACGAUAAUGCACCCGUUUAAGUCUCGACUUACAAUGGUUAAAAUCAAAUUCAUCAUUGCGGGAAUCUAUGCUUUUUCUCUGCUAAUGGUCACGCCGUAUUCGUAUAUGCUGGAUGUAGAUUGUCACCAGUGCCACGAAAAGUGGCCUGGCAUCUUUUACAAGAAAUCUUACACAUUGGCCCUUUGCAUGGUACGAUAUUUUCUUCCUCUGUUUUUCAUGAUGGUGAUGUACGCUUUGGCUCUAAAAAAUCUGUACACGAGUACAGAUAAAACGAGGUCUGGUAAAACGCAGAAAGAAAAGGCAGCCGUCAAUAACAGCCAAAUGGUGAAGGAGGCGACUUCUCCAGAACCUUUGAGAAAGGUUUCGUCUACUGUUCGUCUAGUACGAAAGUUAUCAUCGACUGUGAGACGAGGAACGAACGAAGCAAACAAACAGGCGACCAAAAUGUUCAUCGUGGUAGUGGUGGUUUUUACUAUUUGCAUGUUCCCUAAUCAAGCUCUAUGGUUAUGGGCGGAUUUUAGUUCUAGUGCAGGAGAGAUCAAAUGGUUUUCACAGGCUAUUGUUAUUUGCUGGCUUUUUACCUACUCGAACAGCGUGUGUAAUCCUGUUAUCUACGUAGCGUUCAGCCGCGAUUUCAGGAGAGGCUUCAAACGGGUUCUGAGGAGAUUGUUCUGCUUCCGUCGCCACAAGCUAAGAAGUGGUUCAAACGCGCAUUUAGUGGCUAAACUAACCUCAGAGUUGAAAGGAGCUGCCUCGAACACGGAAGGAAGAAAGAGGAAGAAAGCAGACGUCAAGCAACCACAGGUUUACCUUUUAUAAAUCGCUUUAAAAAGACGUCUUAAUGAAGUUUAGAAAAACUAUGAUCAAGCUUCCAUUUGGAGGUGCUUGUCGUUAUCCUCACCUUGAAGAAAUGCGUUUGCAAACAUUGCUGUCUCAGUAGUUAAGUUCACUUUACCCUGAUACAACUACAACCCCGGACAGGUUUUCAUUUUAAUGUUCAGAAAGGAUGGUUGUCCCUUUUUUAUAAUACCCCCAUCCCCCACUAACACUUUAACUAGCUUUGUUCAAUAUUGGGCCAGGGGCGUGGAGAAGAAGGGAAAAAAGAGGUAAAAAGUAACAGUCUUCCCAACACUUUUACGAUGAUUGUAGUUUCCUAGAGAUUUGAGAAGCUAACUAUGAUAAGUACCCAGUUAGGGUAUGAUCCAGCAUGCCAGAGAGGGGAAUUUAGGAUCAAUCGUUUUUGUGAACUGUAUUUUACGUGUUCAUUUUUUCUUCCACGUUUUCAGAAUCUUUGAGAUUUGAACAGAUACGGGAAUGAUAGAAGGGAUUUAGUCCUUUAGCGUACUUGUUAUAGAGCCUUCCCAGUUCGAGAUCUGGUAAAAAGAAUUUCCUCAUUCUGAAAAUAAUUGGCAAGGAUUUGUUGCCCGAGGCCUUUCCAUUUUCAGACAACGAUUACAAUAACCCUGCCAUCUUCAGUCGGCAAUACUGUAAUUAUCUUAGGCUAUAAGCAUGCAGAGAAAUAAAAUGUCCUAUUUUAAUGGUCAUAUGUCUCUGCGGAAUCGUUGCAUUGAUAUCAAAGAUAACAGCUGUGAAUUUCAAGAGUCUCUUGAAAAAGUAAGUCUUUUCUUUCACGUGUGUCGUCCGUUAAAUGACUGAAGCUGAACCGGUGUCGGGGUUUUCUAUUCCCUGUGCUUGGGUAUUAGAGAAUAUUGCGUCGUCAUACAGUAAAUCCUGUAUUAAGCGGAAGGUGUCCGCUAAAUAGCAGCUUGUUACACUAAAUAUUUGACUGCCAGCAGAUCUUCUUCACUCAGUCGAGCCCAGUCGACGCUCGGCUGGAUUGGACAGAAGGAGAAGGCCCAGAAGGGAACUGGAGAGACAUGGUCUUCUUCCCAGUUUCCCCUCGGCUGGUCAAUAAAAUAUUAUGAGAUGUGGUGCUGCUUGUGACCAGUGAUUUCAUUAACUAUUUUAGCCCUAAUAUCCACUCACAAAUUCUCCAAACUGAUUUCCAUGCAUUACCUUAAAAAAAAUUAGUUGAGAGAAUUUGAUAAAAGAUCAAUUGUCAAAGCUUUUUCCCCUGGGUGAUGAUUUUAUUAACUCCCAUAAGCUUUUCUCUUGAUUAUGUAGUGAUAUUGUUGUGAGAACAUUGAUGUUUUUACUAUACCAUUGGGACUUGACGGGUUAAGCGUUAUGAAAUUGCUGAAAAUGAAUGGUACAAAGCAUCUUCUUGGAUCAAAAUUAAAAUACAGAAGAAUCCCGAUUUCUCGAAUACUCAAGUUUUUCGACACUCCCAAUAAUUCGAAACCUAAACUAACUUCCCUUUACCAACCAACACUGUAAUUUUACCCCCGAACUUUCGAUUUCCUCGAUAAUUCGAACUAGUUCGCACUUCCAAAAAAGGCUUGAAAAAUCGGGUCCUACUGUANUUUCCCCGAAAAAUCGCACUAGUUCGCACCUCCAAAAAAGGCCUGAAAAAUCGGGGCCUACCGUACCACGGAGGGCUCCGCCAAUGCCCAUAUUCCCCCCCCCCGCCCCCCCCCCCCCCCCCCCCCCCCCCCACGUCGGGCCCCUCCCUUCGUAUUCCUCUCACAAACACACGAUUUUGCGCUCGAGUGGGACAAAGGUGAUAGGCGAUUAGAGAAGGAUAAAUCGCGACAAUGGCGGAAUAUCAUAAAGCUAAGAUGUAACUGCCGCAAUUGAACUCAGAACUGAUCAGUCAAGUUGAAUAUUGAUAUAGAGCUUUGGAAGUAGUAUUGCGUGCAAUGGGUAGUUGGGCAGAUGCUCUAAUCUGUUUGCUUUUCUUCAGAUUAGUAUUAAGUGGGUAAUCCCAUACCGCUUUUGAAAAAUAUUGCUAACAAUGCAUCUAUGGCAAAUUCAUUCCCCUUUAUUUUGUUGCGUAACUUACAGAAAGCGGAAAGCAAUCUCUUAGAUGUAAGGAAUACUUUUGAGGAAGUAAAAUAUUGUUAGCCUGACAGUCUAUACUAGUACCAGGCUUUAGACCAGGAAGUUUAAUCGCGAAGUCUUUGAAAACUGGGUUGGGAGGUCCGGUUGCUGCAAAAAAAUCGUCAGCUAGUUAGCUGCCAAUAAUCUCUAACAUCCUGUUUGAGUGAACUGUUUUUAUAGAGUAAAUUAAUAUGGCACUAAAAGGAUUAGAAAGCAAUAUUGACCACUAAUUUGUUUACAUUACGAGAUGACAUUUCAAGAAAGAACUGUGGAGUUUAUGCGUAAAUUUACAAAUAAAUUUCUUUAUUAUAAUAAUAAUGUUGUAUUAUUGUUAUUGUUAUUAUUAUUUCUAUCCAUGCUAACCAAACCUCAUUUAAUACGGGAUAUCUAAUUAAACUGUUAGACAAAUUUUGCGCAAAUCUGCAUUGGAUGAUCCCUUAUUCUUGUUCACUCUUGGGGGGUUAGAAUAACAAUGAGACCACGCGACAGGUACGUUUAAUGAGAUGCCAAACCGGUUAUAUAUCAAUAGGAGGUUUCGUCCAAAAGAGAGUGUAAAGAAAAGAUCCAGCGACGACUCGCUGACUGCAAUUGUAAUUAGUAUGGGCUCACCAUAUCAGCCAGUUGCGGGCUUCUCUCAGUGUGAAAUGCGCUGAACGUUAUCCCUCACGGCUUUGCUGAAAGUGCUAUUAAAAGCAUGACGAAGAGAAACGGGACUGUUAUUGGAGUCAGUAAUGAAAGUUUUGCGUUGGAAGGAAUUGUUCAAGACGAAGCAUUGGGCGAUUUUAGAACCACAAAAAUAUUUUUCUAUUUUGCCAUCUUAUCUGCCAGUACCUUAGGCAACGGAAUGGUUGCGGCUAUUAUCAUUAGGAAAAUGCGCACGGCUUCACACUUUCUAAUCCUCAACUUGGCCAUUUGUGAUCUGUUAACACCGCUGAUAAGUAUUGUGUUUGAUUUUGUCCUUGAGGAGAACAAUUACGUAUGGCUGUAUGGCCACGUCAUGUGCAAACUAUUGUGGCCAACACAGACGUACUUUAAUGGUGCCUCUUCGCUUACGCUCGCGGCGAUUUCCUUGGACCGUUAUCGACUCAUUAUGCAUCCAUUUAAGACACGCUUAUCGAGGAAACAAGUUUGCUUGAUGAUUUGUGUCGUUCAUGUUUUUUCUUUCGUGGCUGUGAGCCCUUAUGUAUAUGUCCUGACUCUCCAAGGAGGUUCUUGCACAGAACUUUGGCCCGGUUUCACUUACAGACAAGCUUACAGCCUCUUCCUGUGUCUCUCACAAUACGUUCUCCCUUUAACAUUUAUGGGUAUUGUGUACGGGCUUGCAAUUCGUGCCCUCUACAACACCUCAGCAAGAGUGCGUGGCAGUUCAAUCAAAGAAAAGGCUCAUCAGCAAGAAGUGACUUCGAAAAAGCCUCANCUUGCACAGAACUUUGGCCCGGUUUCACUUACAGACAAGCUUACAGCCUCUUCCUGUGUCUCUCACAAUACGUUCUCCCUUUAACAUUUAUGGGUAUUGUGUACGGGCUUGCAAUUCGUGCCCUCUACAACACCUCAGCAAGAGUGCGUGGCAGUUCAAUCAAAGAAAAGGCUCAUCAGCAAGAAGUGACUUCGAAAAAGCCUCAAUGCAAACAUUCAUGCAAGAUCUCUAAAACAGGAGCCAUUGCAAGAAGAAUCAGUCAUAUACCAAGUAUAUGGAGUAGUCCAAAUGCAAAAGCCAUGAAAAUUUUUAUCAUUAUAGUAAUUGUGUUUGCAAUUUUCAUGUUUCCUAAUCAAGUUGUUUGGCUAUGGGCGGACUUUGGUGGCAGAAACAAGACCUCGAAUUUUCGGAAAAUUUCCAUCGUGUGCUGGUUGUUUACCUACACUAACUGUGUAGUUAAUCCUGUUAUUCUAGGUGUCCUCAGUAAAGAUUUUCGAGAGGGAUUUAAGGUGAUUUUUAAGGGUAUCUUGAUCUGUUUCGAUACAUCAUCCAAGGCAAAAGAAGCCAAAAAGGAGUUCAGAAAACAAAGAAAUAGCUGUACCAAAACUGCAUCGAUGCUACUGUCAGACGGCGAAUGUCAUGCAAUGAAGCUCAAAGAAUGGAACCUAUAUCCCGAUGGUCAUCAACAACAGACCAGUUUACCUUAUGGCGCAAACCAACCCUUAAUAUCCUCAUAUAUUGCGAUCGAAUCUCAAUCCAGGGGCUUUGAUUUGCAUCGAUCUGCAGGAACAUUUAAGAGCUUAACUCAAGAAAACAAUUUGCAGGUAAAAAGACGGGAUUUCAAUUACGCGCAUGUUUCAGUGAUUCCUGACGAGAAUUUGGCAAUUUUACCUUACUCACUUUCGUAUGAACAUUUGGAAGCAGCCUUCAACAGUUCGCCCGAGACCGACUGUUAACCAAUAUACAAGAAACCUUAUAACAUAGUAUUCACCAAAAUCAGAAUUUCUCAGAAAAGGUCCUCAAAAGCCCAGUAAGCUGUGCACAGUAAUUUUAUAUAUAUAUUGACUUUCAAUACAUUAUUUUAAAUUAAGGAAUGUAAUUUUCGUUUUCCACGCUAUUAACCGCGCCGUUUGACAUAAGACUCCAUGCUGGCUGAAAAAAGGAAUGCUAUUGUCGUAUAAAGUUUUCCUUCCUAUGCUUGCUUGGGUGAACGGUUUUUAGAAGAAAUUUGUACUACCCAGAGUCGUUUGAUCUAAAAAAUGGGAGGUGUCAGUGUUCCCAGUCAAAGUUGAACACAAAGUUUGAGUCCCGAUUCUCUCCUGAGAAAGGCUUGCGCAUGAAAUCUCAUAUUAGCUUUUGAAUUUUUUUUUUACAGCCAUGCUAAGUGACCUUAUCAAAUUAAUUGAAAAAACCAAAUGUGUUUCUCAUCCCCCACUGUUGCUGCUCUGCAGCACAGUUCCCCUAAACUGACCCCAUCAUUUGUUUGACAUAAGACCCACACUGCGGAGAAAAAUGGCCAUACUCAACUUCCUUUUACGAAAGAGACAUACCUAAUCUUUGAUUGUUAAUUAUGAAAUGCACUACUUGGAGUGCAGUGGUUGAUUUAUGCAAUGGCUGACUGUUGAGUGCGAGCAGUCUCUUGCGCCCGCGCGCGCAUGCGCAAGAGCCUUCGAGAAGUGUCUGAGUCAGACGCCUAAGGCCCUGUUCGCACUACCACAAAAAAUAGAGUUUAGAGUUUGCAAAAAACGUGAAAAAUUUGUAAUCACCAUUUUUUUUAUUUUUGUAAUCUUGUUCGCAUCUAAGACACGAAACGUCAAUUACGGGCUUUUUAAUUGGCCAGGUUGUCAAAAUAAAGGAGUUCACGCUCAUAGUUGCAUCAUGGGUAAUCAGGGCAAGAUGGCGGGAAAUUAGAAGAUUUGUAUUAGAAUUCAAAACCAGCUAAUUCUUCCUGAAUUCAUAUAAUUGAUGCUUUCUGUUUGAAAAGAGUAAUUUACGAGUUCAAAGAAACAAUACACUAAAUCUGGAGUGCAAAGAAGUCCGUGAUCAAUUUUUAGAAAACCUUGAUUUUCCCAUACGUUUUCUGUAAUUCGACAGUAUCAAAAUUUAUUUUAAAAUUAAUCAUCUUUCGAGGAACCGGACGUAAAAUUGUAUUCCACGAAUAUGCUGCAAAGCUAAUCAAUCCAGUUAAUCCCCGCCGCCCACCACUUCCUCACGAAAUUUGUACAUUGGUACAGGACCGCAAAGCUUGGAAGAGCAUGGAGGUCGUUUGUUGUCACCACUGGUAACCCUCAUGAGCGCCCAAGCCAAGCCAUGAGAGAGAGUCUUGUGGCCGACUUAGGCAAUCUUGAGUUGGCUUCUGAUUAGCUCUUGGGAUGCCUGUGAUAACUUUCGCACUACUUUGAAGUAAGAAAUUCCUAGCUAAUCCUAAUUCUAAUCCUAGUUUGGCUCAAAUCUGGAAGUCAAUGUGGCCAUUGAAUAAGGGUCCAAUCCCGUCAUCCCGACCCGAUGGUUGCUGCUUUCGGUGUCCCACAUCCCACAUCUCGCAUCCCGUGUGGGUGCUUUCAAUCCAGAUCGCCCUAAUCCGGGAAAUUUUUGCUUGUGGAAUCCUGAAUCCCGGGCUUUGGAAUCCGGAAAACAGCUCAAAGAAUCUGGAAUCCGGAAUCCAGGUUUUACUUACAGAGACUGGAAUCCAGUACCUUGAAUUCGGAAUCCGUGACGUGGAAUCCAGAAUCCAAGACUGUCUUGGAUUCCUUUACAUAGGGCGAAUCCAGAAUUGAAUCCGUUUAAUAUUUUGUUUUAAAAUCCCGAAUCCUGGUCGAUCGAAUAAGGCAAAUCCCGAAUUCUCGUGUAAAACCUCAGGGGCACCGGCCCUCUUUAAUGUCUGAUUAGGAUAAAUCUGGAAAAUUGCAGCACAGCUUUGACGGGAUGUCAUGAAUAUCCGCCACUCCGGCGAAGAAGGGAAUUUUUGAGGCAAACCUACGCUGACGUCUGUCUCGUCUCGCGGAACGUGACAGUGGCGGAGGAACAGAAUGAUCUGAGAGGCGGCUUGUUUCCCAAGCCAUGCUUUCUUAGUGUUACUUGCACAGAACUUUGGCCCGGUUUCACUUACAGACAAGCUUACAGCCUCUUCCUGUGUCUCUCACAAUACGUUCUCCCUUUAACAUUUAUGGGUAUUGUGUACGGGCUUGCAAUUCGUGCCCUCUACAACGCCUCAGCAAGAGUGCGUGGCAGUUCAAUCAAAGAAAAGGCUCAUCAGCAAGAAGUGACUUCGAAAAAGCCUCAAUGCAAACAUUCAUGCAAGAUCUCUAAAACAGGAACCAUUGCAAGAAGAAUCAGUCAUAUACCAAGCAUAUGGAGUAGUCCAAAUGCAAAAGCCAUGAAAAUGUUUAUCAUUAUAGUAAUUGUGUUUGCAAUUUUCAUGUUUCCUAAUCAAGUUGUUUGGCUAUGGGCGGACUUUGGUGGCAGAAACAAAACGUCGACUUUUCGGAAAAUUUCCAUCGUGUGCUGAUUGUUUACCUACACUAACUGUGUAGUUAAUCCUGUUAUUCUAGGUGUCCUCAGUAAAGAUUUUCGAGAGGGAUUUAAGGUGAUUUUUAAGAGUAUCUUGAUCUGUUUCGAUACAUCAUCCAAGGCAAAAGAAGCCAAAAAGGAGUUCAGAAAACAAAGUAAUAGCUGUACCAAAACUGCAUCGAUGCUACUGUCAGACGGCGAAUGUCAUGCAAUGAAGCUCAAAGAAUACAACCCAUAUCCCGAUGGUCAUCAACAACAGACCAGUUUACCUUAUGGCGCAAACCAACCCUUAAUAUCCUCAUAUACUGCGAUCGAAUCUCAGUCCAGGGGCUUUGAUUUGCAUCGAUCUGCAGGAACAUUUAAGAGCUUAACUCCAGAAAACAAUUUGCAGGUAAAAAGACGGGAUUUCGAUUAUGCGCAUGUUUCAGCGAUUCCUGACGAGAAUUUGGCAAUUUUACCUUACACACUUUCCUAUGAACAUUUGGAAGCAGCCUUCAACAGAUCGCCCGAGACCGACUGUUAACCAAUAUGCAAGAAACCUUAGAACAUAGUAUUCACCAAAAUCGGAAUUUCUCAGAAAAGGUCCUCUAAAGCCCAUUAAGCUGUGCACAGUAAUUUUAUAUAUAUAUUGACUUUCAAUACAUUAUUUUAAAUUAAGGAAUGUAAUUUUCGUUUUCCACGCUAUUAACCGCGCCGUUUGACAUAAGACUCCAUGCUGGCUUAAAAAAGGAAUGCCAUUGUCUUAUAAAGUUUUCCUUUCUAUGCUUGCUUGGGUGAACGCUUUUUAGAAGAAAUUUGUACUACCAAGAGUCGUUUGAUCUAAAAAAUGGGAGGUGUCAGUGUUCCAGUCAAAGUUGAACACAAAGUUUGAGUCCAUUCUCUCUUGAGAAAGGCUUGCGCCUGAAAUCUCAUGUUAGCUUUUGAAGUUUUUUUUUACAGCCAUGCAUAGUGACCUUAUCAAAUUAAUUGAAAAAACCAAAUGUGUUUCUCAUCCCCCACUGUUGCUGCUCUGCAGCACAGUUCCCCCAAACUGACCCCAUCAUUUAUUUGACAUAAGACCCACACUGCGGAGAAAAAUGGCCAUACUCAACUUUCUUUUUCGAAAGAGACAUAACCAAUCUUUGAUUGUUAAUUAUGAAAUGCGCUACUUGGAGUGCAGUGGUUGAUUUAUGCAAUAGUUGACUGUUAAGUGCGAGCAGUCUCUUGCGCCCGCGCGCGCAUUCGCAAGAACCUUUGAGAAGUGUCUAAGUCAGACGCCUAACGCCGCCCUGUUCGCACUACCACAAGAAAUAGAGUUUGGAGUUUGCAAAACAAGAGAAAAAUUUGUAAUCACCAAUUUUUUGUUUUUGUAACCUUGUUCGCAUCUGAGACACGAGAAAUUUUUCAUUUUACCAGAAACGUCAAUUACAGGCACUUUAAUUGGCCAUGUUGUCAACAUAAAGGAGUUCACGCUCAUAGUUGCAUCAUGGGUAAUCAGGGCAAGAUGGCGGGAAAUUAGAAGAUUUGUAUUAGAAUUCAAAGCCAGCUAAUUUUUCCUGAAUUCAUAUAUUUGAUGCUUUCUGUUUGAAAAGAGUAAUUUACGAGUUCAAAGAAACAAUACACUAAAUCUGGAGUGCAAAGAAGUCCGUGAUCAAUUUUUAUAAAACCUUGAUUCUCCCAUACUUUUUCUGUAAUUCGACAGAAUCAAAAUUUAUUUUAAACUUAAUCAUCUUUCGAGGAACCGGGCGUAAAAUUGUAUUCCACGAAUAUGCUGCAAAGCUAAUCAAUCCAGUAAAUCCGUGACGUGGAAUCCAGCAUCUAAGACUGUCUUGGAUUCCUUUACAUGGAGCGAAUCCAGAAUUGAAUCCGUUUAACAUUUUGUUUUAAAAUCCCGAAUCCUGGCCUUCGAUCAAAUAAGGCAAAUCCCGAAUCCUCUUGUAAAACCUUGCGGGGACCGGCCCUCUUUCAUGUCUGAAUAGGAUAAAUCUGGAAAAUUGCAGCACAGGUUUGACGGGAUGUCAUGAAUAUCCGCCAAUCCGGCGAAGAAGGGAAUUUUUGAGGCAAACCUACGCUGACGUCUGUCUCGUCUCGCGGAACGUGACAGUGGCGGAGGAACAGAAUGAUCUGAGAGGCGGCUUGUUUCCCAAGCCAUGCUUUCUUAGUGUUGUUGUAUCCGUUACAGCGAGUCCAAAACUUUUUAAUGACUUGGUGCUUCACACACCUUUAAAAUUGCUAUAAUCAUUUUACAAAUUUUGCUUUUUUAAUGGCGGGAUUCCGGAAAUAAAAUACAUCCUAUCAAGAGUUUAAGUUAAUUAGCCAAGAAAAUUGAUCCGCAAACCCAGUGUUGAAUGGAUAGGGUGGCAAGGUCACUUUAGUCAGACUUUGAUCAAACGGCUUGGGAAAAGUCCGUGAUUCGUGCUUGGCAGAUAUCACACAAAAAUGGUUGUCAACAACUCUACAAUUCAAGACGAAACAACAAUGAGCUUGGAGACAACGGAGUUUAGAAUCAUAAGAAUAACAUUGUACGUGUUAAUUUUAUUUCUAAGCUGUAUCGGGAACAGUUUAGUUGCAGUUGUUAUUAUCAAAGCUAGAGGAAUGCGGACAUCGUCAAACGUGCUAAUCCUGAGUCUUGCUGUAUGUGANUCCGGCGAAGAAGGGAAUUUUUGAGGCAAACCUACGCUGACGUCUGUCUCGUCUCGCGGAACGUGACAGUGGCGGAGGAACAGAAUGAUCUGAGAGGCGGCUUGUUUCCCAAGCCAUGCUUUCUUAGUGUUGUUGUAUCCGUUACAGCGAGUCCAAAACUUUUUAAUGACUUGGUGCUUCACACACCUUUAAAAUUGCUAUAAUCAUUUUACAAAUUUUGCUUUUUUAAUGGCGGGAUUCCGGAAAUAAAAUACAUCCUAUCAAGAGUUUAAGUUAAUUAGCCAAGAAAAUUGAUCCGCAAACCCAGUGUUGAAUGGAUAGGGUGGCAAGGUCACUUUAGUCAGACUUUGAUCAAACGGCUUGGGAAAAGUCCGUGAUUCGUGCUUGGCAGAUAUCACACAAAAAUGGUUGUCAACAACUCUACAAUUCAAGACGAAACAACAAUGAGCUUGGAGACAACGGAGUUUAGAAUCAUAAGAAUAACAUUGUACGUGUUAAUUUUAUUUCUAAGCUGUAUCGGGAACAGUUUAGUUGCAGUUGUUAUUAUCAAAGCUAGAGGAAUGCGGACAUCGUCAAACGUGCUAAUCCUGAGUCUUGCUGUAUGUGAUUUCUUGACUCCAGUUCUCAGUAUUCCGUUUGAUAUGGCUUAUGAGGAACAAAACUACACUUGGCCCUUUGGAAAGGCAAUGUGUAAAGCUCUUUGGCCUUUGCAAACGGCCUCCUCGACGUCUUCCAGUCUUAUUCUGGCAGCAAUCAGUUUGGACAGAUUCAGGACUCUUGUAAAACCCUUAGGCUGGUACAUCUCGUUGGGCAAAUUGGUUGUUUGUGUGCUGUCAAUUAACGCCGUUUCUAUCUUUAUAUGCAUCCCUUAUUUUAUCGUUUUGAAAUACAGUGCCUCUGAGAGAUUGUGCCACGAGAGCUGGCCAGGUGAAGACUACAAACAUGCUUACACCAUAUUUCUAUUUUUGUGUCAGUAUGCUCUACCUUUGCUAACCAUGUCUACAGUGUACAUACUUAUUUACAUCAACUUACGUUCCAAUCUGGUUAGGCUGUUUUCUAUGGAUGCCGAACGUGGAAGACGCGCUUUUAGCAGAGAAUCGACUAGAAGCACAGAUAGCAGGGAUUUUCGACGAAGGGAACAGAACAUUCGUUUGGCAAAAAUGUUUGUUAUUGUUGUCGUGGUGUUUGCAAUCAGCAUGUUUCCAAAUCAAGUUCUUUGGUUUUGGAUCGACUUUGGAAAUGGUCGAGACCAUCAUCUUUUUCAUUACAUAUCUGUUGUAUGUCGUCUUUGCACCUACGCAAACAGUGUUUUGAACCCGUUUAUUUACGCUUUAAAGAGCAAAGAGUUUAGAUCUGGGUUUGCAAAGAUUGGCCGCGCAACGGUAAUGAAGCCACUGAGGAAAAUCAGCACCGAUGGCAGAAAAUUUGUGCGAAAAUUAAGUGGAAAUGUUUUGGAAAGACAACGCCCUAUUCCAGUUGAGAUGAAAUCUUCAGCUGCCGCAAUCGCUUUCAAUGAAAACUUUGGAGAAUUCCAGCACAAUUCACGUACAGAAGAGUGUGGUAAUAUAAAGCCGAGACAGCCUGAGGAAAAGAAUGACCAGACUAAUGUGAUGCAGCCGCUCAGAAAAUUGAGCAACGAAACUAGAAAAUAUGUGCGCAAAUUUAGUGGUACUGUCUCUCCGGAUAGUCAAAUACCCAUGUCUGUUCAGAGGAAAUCUUCAGCUGGCUUAUUUAAAUCCAGUGAGAAUGAAAACGCUGGAGCAUUUCAAUUCAGUUGGCAAGCGGAAGUGUCUGACAAAACGAAGGGCAAUGAUGACGGGUCGAUUUUGGCUCCCCGUCGUCGAAAAUUUUCAUGUUACGGAGUCAGUUACGGUAAGGAGCAAAAAGACUUGUCUAUGAAGCGACGGCCAGACGACCCGAGCCAAGAAAUGACUGAAAACAAAGCAAGUAAGAGUAGCAAUGAGGUUAAAUUUAUGAAGAACAAGGCAACCGAAAAGAUUAAUAUUACUGUUGACAUGUAUCCAGACAGAGUGGAAAAAUGA